GCCUUUGCCAGAUGAUACCUGUUGGUUUUUCAUCGCGCCAUGUCCUACUGUCGGACUGAAGUGGACAAUGAAGUUAUGGGAUAGCCUGACCACUUGUUUGAUACUGCUGAGCGCCGUGCACGCCAGCCUGCUGCUCCGGAGCCGACCGCAGUCCACGUCCAGCAAGAGGAGAGGGCGCGCCGCCGAGACUCCCCUGGAGCUCCCGCCGGUUCAGAUCCGCCUGUCUGUCACUUCCCCGGGCAUGAGCCGUGCUGAGGCGGAUACAGCCGACUGGGAAGAGACGCUGGCUGGAGGAGAAACAUACACCAUGAAGGAGCCAGAUGAAUUUGAAGAUGUGGUGGACUUCAUCAAAGUGACCAUCAGCAGAAUACGUCGCUCCUCCUCAUCCACCGUGUCCUCAUCUACCUCGUCCCCCACCACGUCCUCCCCCUCCAAAGAAGACUUGAGCAGCAGAACUCGAAACAGAAGGGAAAGGAAGAAGGGGGCGAGUCAGCAGAGUGGAGGAGAAAGAGCUAGUGGAGGCGAGACAGGGAGGAAGGUUAGGGGAGGAAGAGGGAGCGGACGAGGACAGGGCUGUGUGCUCAAACAGAUCCACCUCAAUGUAACCGACCUCGGCCUGGGCUACCGCUCCAGUGAGGAAAUGAUAUUCAGGUACUGCUCCGGACCAUGCAGGAAGUCCGAAACCAACUACGACAAAAUCCUUUACAACCUCGCUCACAACAGGAGGCUUCCUCCUAAAGACACGCCCCCUCAGGCUUGCUGUCGGCCAAUAGCGUUUGACGAUGACCUCUCGUUUCUGGACGAUAACCUUGUCUACCACACCGUGAGGAAGCACUCUGCCAGGAAGUGUGGUUGUGUGUAG